AUGCCAGUUAUUAGUGAACCUCAAAGUGCCAAGAUCCUUCUUCUUGACCUUUCUUAUCUGUCAACAGAAGGUCUUCAGACGAUCGUCGUCCAUUGCCCAACAGUCAGCGAUCUGGCCAUUCAAGCAUCGAAAUAUCCAACGUGCAUUCUUAUUAUCGCUUGCCGAUCAGAUAGCUUGAGUGAAUUAAUACCGGUUUUAUCAGAUCUUACAUUCGAUACACUGUAUAUUUUAAAUGUUGAUGGCAAGAUUGAGUACAGUGUUGAACCAUGGUCAUCGAAGGCAACAGCUGUCUAUACAGAUAAUGAAUUGAUGCGCCAUUUAUGUACAAAAAGCGUCAUGUGUUAUUACAUUGAAGCAAUGGAACAUAAGGAUAAUAAAGAUAUGUCAUUGGCGAAUCGCUGUUUGAUGGAUGGAUUAAACGCGUUAGAAUAUGCAAAACAAUUUAUUUGA